AUGAGAAUAAUUUGGUUAAUUGCUCUGAUAUUUUCAAUUCUAACAUGCGGCUAUCUAAUAAGCAUUACUUGGUACAAACGUGAUAAUGAACCAGUCAUUGUGACCUUAGAUGGAAGAUUAACACCAAUUUGGGAAAUUCCAUUUCCCACACUUACAAUUUGCCCGGAAAUUACAACUUAUAGCAAAAUUAUUAAUUUUACAAAAAGUGCAAAUGAAAAACUUGGUGAUGUUGAAAAAUAUACCGAAGAUGAGCAUUACUUCUCAGAAGUUGUAUCACAAACAUGUCAACUUUUACCAAACAAUUCAAUUCCUCCUUUCGCUGACUUAAUUCCAAAUUCAUCAAAUUUAAUCAAAAUUAUGUCAAAUGCAGCCCCAAAAUUAGACGAAACUUUUCUCAAAUGCUAUUGGACAAAAAAUAUUCGCGAUUGUAAUAAAAUGUUUGUUCCCGUUUUGACAGAACAAGGAAUAUGUUUUGCAUUCAAUUCAAUCAAAUUAACACACUAUCGAACUGAAUUUUACGAAUCCCGUCAAAAAGAUUUUUUCACAAACAAUGCCACUAUCAAUUUGGAUUGGGACCUAGAAAAUGGCUAUACCAAAGAAAAAUUUUAUAAUUUGGAAGCUUUUCCAUUUCAUACUCCUGGCGAUAUGGAAAGUGUAAAAGUCAUUCUAAUCGAUAAAAAGGAUGAUGAAGAUCACAAAUGUCGAGUUCCUUCACAAGGUUUUAAGCUAAUACUUCGCGUUCCAGGAGAUGAACCUCAAAUGUCGAAGAAAUUUGUUAAUGUUCCUUUUGAUCAAAAAGUUUCGCUAACAAUUAAACCUCAAAUUAUGACAACUUCUGAAGGAUUGAGGCAUUAUUCGCCAGAAAGACGCCAAUGUUACUAUCAAAAUGAACGAUAUUUAAGGUUUUUCACGGUCUACACUCAAGCCAAUUGUGAAAUGGAAUGUCAGGCUAAUACGAGCCUUUUUAGAUGUGGAUGUGUCAAAUUUUCAAUGCCAAAAAAAUCAGGACAUGCAGUUUGUGGUAUUAAAAAUGCUGAAUGCUUUGAAGAUAUUACAAAAAAUUUUGGUAAAUGGAAAUUUAUGUCAAAAUCAAAUAUUUAUGGCAGUGAUAAUGAAGAAAGAACAUGCAUUGACAGUUGCUUGCCAACUUGUUUAGAUAUUAAAUACAAAGCUGAAAUUGAGCAUCAAGUUCCAUAUGAUCAUAAUUAUACACGAGAUACGAGACUAACUGAAAUAACAAUAAAAUUUGAAGAUGAUGUCAUUAAUGGUCUAACACGUUCAGAAUUGUAUAGUACAAUUGAUUUUAUUGCAAAUUGCGGUGACUCAAUUAAUGAUGCUCCAUUUGAAAAGAUCAUUACAAAUGGAACAAAAUUUCAAGCUCUCAAAGGAAUAUUCAUUGAAUAUUUUGAAGAGAGUUUAAUUCAUGGAUUUCGAUAUAUUGGAGAACAAAAACGACCAAUUUUCGAUAGAAUCGUUUGGAUAUUAGCUGUCAUUAUAUCAAUUUCAAUGUGUUGCUACCUAAUUAAUAAUCUUGUGGACCAACGCAACAACAAUCCAGUCAUUGUUACUUUUAACGAUAAACUUACACCUGUUUGGGAAAUUCCCUUUCCUACAGUGACAAUUUGCUCGGAGACUAAAAUUCACAUGAAAGUUUUAAAUUACACAAAAGUUUAUAUAAAACUGGGAUUAAUGAAACAUAUUACAAAAAAUGAGGAAUACCUCUGGGAUGGAGUAUCACAGACAUGCGUUUUAAGUUCUCUUUUCUUUCAUGAAGAAAAGCUUUUAGUAAAUUCAUCAGAUUUGAUCAAAGCUAUGUCAAUUGCAGCUCCAACAUUCAACGAGACUCUUCAUAAAUGCUAUUGGAGAAAUGAAUUUUUCAAUUGUGAAGAGAUAUUUGAUAGUGUUUUAACUGACGAAGGAAUUUGCUUUUCAUUUAAUUCACUUAAAUCUGAACAUUAUCGGACAGAAUUGUACAACGCUCGCAAAAAAGAUUUAAUCGGUUUCGAAUAUGACAAUGUUGAAGAUUUAGAUUGGAAUUUAGAAAAUGGUUACAACCAACAAGCUGAUGAAAAGACUUUUCCUGUUCGUGUUAUUGGACCUGGAGACAAAGAAAGCCUUGUUUUAUCCUUGAGAGAUAGAAAAGAAGACGAAGAACAAUUAUGUAGAAAUUCUGUUCGUGGUUUCAAAGUAAUUCUUCAUACGCCAGGUGAAGAUCCACAAGUGUGGAAGAAUUUUAUUAAUGUUCCAUUAGAUCAAUCGGUUUCGUUAACAAUCAAACCGAAAAUUAUGACCUCUGAAGAUUUAAGACAUUAUUCCCCUGAAAGACGCCAAUGCUAUUAUCAGAAUGAACGGUAUUUGAGGUAUUUCAAAGUCUACACUCAGGCUAAUUGUGAAUCAGAAUGGCUGGCAAAUAUGACCCUAUCAGAAUGUGGAUGUGUCAAAUUUUCAAUGCCACGAAAUUCAUCUCAUCCAAUUUGUGGAUAUCACAAACUUACAUGUGUUGAUUCGGUCAUGUACACAAGCAAAGAAUGGACAAUUAAUUAUGAAAAAUAUUUAAAUGCUUAUAAUUGUUUACCAACUUGUAUAAGUAUUGAAUACAAAGCCGAGCUCGAACAUCAAGUUCCAAUAAACUAUGCUCAGAUAGAGGAAUCAGAUGAGGGUUUUUCAAACAAGGACAAUUCGAGCUAUCGAAUAACUAAAAUUACAUUAAAAUUCAAAGAAGACAACUUUAAUGGCUUGAAGAGAUCCGAAUUGUAUAGUAUGUCAGAUUUUAUUGCAAAUUGUGGUGGAUUAUUGGGACUUUUUAUGGGUGUUUCGAUAUUGAGUUUGGUAGAAUUGGUAUACUUCUCGACAUUGAGAUUAUUGACGAAUUUGAAAAACGGAAGAAUAAUACAACAGGAGAGGAAAAAGAAAAAUACUUGGGCUGAUUCAGGUCACUUAAAGAUUUUGAAUGGACAACCAAAAGAGGUUCAAAAUAUUCAGUUUGAGCGUUUUCAACAUCGAUAUUCGCAAUAAGGUCGAAUUAAUUUUAGUGUCAACGCUUGGAGAGUUAGAAUAAUUUAUGGAAAACAAUUUUUUUUCUGUAAAUGUAAUUUCAAAAUGCACAUCAUAGAAAAAGAACAUUUGAUCACUUAAAAAAAAGAUAAAAAAAUGUCUUGCAUCCCAAAACGAAAAAUUAACUUCAAUAAAUUGGAAAAAGGUACUAGAAAACAACCAAGUAUGAAGUCAUUGUUUGUUUUUUGGUUUUUAAGAAACA